AUGACGUGGCCAACGGGCAUCAUUAUCGACACGGUUUUCAUCCCGCUCUACGUAGCCUUCGCGCUGCUCAACUUGCUCAACGUGGUCAAGCACGGGUUCAAGCGCACCGUGGGAUUCAUCUCGCUGCUGCUCGUGUCGCUGGUGCAUCUGGUGGGCAACGUGAUACUCGUCGUCGAGUACACCAAGCACGACAAGGCUUCGAUCAACGUGACAGUGUGGGGGUACAUCCUGCAGUCCGUGGGGCUGAGUUUCCUUGUUUCGGCCAGCCUGGCGUUCUUCGCGCGCGCUCGUGCAGAGAUGCACGACCGCGCGGGCCAGGACGCGCUGACAGGCAAGGGUGUCAAGCUACUGAAUCUGGUCAACUUGGCCGCGCUCGUAUGCGUCAUCACAGGAUACACGGAUACCAACUUUACGGAUGCACAGGGGAAUGUGCUGACCAAGGUGUCGCUGCCCACCCAGGCGGUCGUGGGCGCCGUGCUGUACGUUGUCCUUGUUGUCGUAAUCCUUGCACUGGCGCUGGCCGGCCUGCGCGGAACCAGGGCUGCGGGAACCAACGAGACGCACACGAUCAGGAUCGCACUCAUCGUCGCACUGCCGCUCAUGCUCGUCCGUGCAGCUUGGUCCGUGUACACCACCAAAGCCGGCUCGAUCCUCGUCCCAAAGAGCAUCUGGGCCAAGCUCGUGCUGCAAUACAUCUCCGAGCUAGCCGCACUCGCCGUACUCACCGCACUGGGCUUCUUGAUCUCUCGCGCCGAGACGAUCGAGACCGAGUUGGAUAUCGAACAGGUCCACAGCCAUGAAUCGACCAAGUUCGUGUCGCAGCCGGGCAGCGGUGAGCAGUCUCUGGCGUAUCAGCAGCCGCUACAGACGGCUCAGCAGCCAAUCUCGUACUCGUCGUACCCCCCUCGUCCCCAGUAG